AUGGAGGAUCCAAAGACCGAUAGCCAGGGAAUACCAGAACAAAUCGAGAAACUAGACAAUCAAAAGCCCAAAGACAUCCUCCCUCCAACGCCUCCUCCAACUGAUGACAGCAUCUCCAAUCCUGAGGACGACAAUGUUGAAAUACCACUCCCACCACCGACUACUAUCCCCACACAGAUACUAGAUGUCGACCUGAAGACACCAGACCACCAUGUACCGCGAGAUCCCAGGCUGAUCAGAUUGACGGGCGUCCAUCCAUUCAAUGUCGAAGCUCCUCUUACGGAACUGUUCAACGAAGGUUUUCUGACCAGCCCAGAGUUGUUUUACGUCCGAAACCAUGGACCUGUGCCACAAGUCAAGGAUGAAGAUAUCGUGGAUUGGGAGUUCACAGUGGAAGGACUGGUGGAAAAGCCCAUGACCAUAUCAUUGAAGCAGCUCAUGACGGAUUAUGAUCAAGUGACAUAUCCGAUCACACUGGUCUGUGCAGGCAACCGGCGCAAAGAGCAGAACGUGGUUCGCAAGACCAAGGGGUUUUCUUGGGGAGCUGCCGGCGUUUCGACAGCCCUCUUCACCGGUGUGGUUAUGUCCGAAGUGAUCAGGAGAGCCAAGCCGAAGCGUGGGGCCAAGUACAUCUGUAUGGAAGGCGCCGAUAAGUUACCAAAUGGAUACUAUGGGACAUCGGUGAAACUGAACUGGGCGUUGGACGCCAAUCGAGGAUUCAUGCUGGCGUAUAAAAUGAACGGCGAGACAUUGAGACCCGACCACGGAAAGCCUCUUCGCGCCGUGAUUCCUGGACAAAUUGGCGGGCGCUCGGUCAAGUGGCUGAAGAAGCUGAUUGUCACGGACGGCCCGAGCGACAACUGGUAUCAUAUAUAUGACAACCGGGUGUUGCCAACAAUGGUGUCACCCGAGGAGUCGGCGAAUAAUCCGAAGUGGUGGACAGACGAGAGAUAUGCCAUCUUUGAUCUCAACCCGAACUCAGCGAUUUGCUAUCCUGAGCACGAGGAAAAGAUAUGCCUGACUGACACACCUCCGGUUUACAAAACGAGGGGCUAUGCAUAUAGUGGUGGAGGCAGGCGCAUAACGCGAGUGGAAAUCACUCUGGACAAGGGGAAGACUUGGCGACUGGCGGACAUUGAGUACCCCGAGGACCGUUAUCGACAGGUGGACAGGACCCUGUUCGGCGGUCAACUCGAUAUGUCGUGGCGAGAGACGUGCUUUUGCUGGUGCUUCUGGUCGAUCAACCUCUCGAUCAGCGAGCUUUCUGCAUCAAAGGACAUCUUUGUCCGCGCGAUGGACGAAAGCAUGAACGUGCAGCCGCGAGAUAUGUACUGGUCCGUCUUGGGAAUGAUGAACAACCCGUGGUUCCGUGUGACUGUGACGCUGGAAGGCGACCAUCUCCGCUUUGAACACCCCACGCAGCCGGCGCUGAUCCCGGGUGGCUGGAUGGAAAGGGUGAAGAAGGCGGGAGGGAAUCUUGCCAACGGCUUUUGGGGCGAGAAGCUUGACGGUGAGGAGAAAGAGGCACCGCCAGAGGCACAACCCGAAGAGAUCUCCAUGGUCAAGGAAGGCUUGAAGAAUCCCAUCACCAUUGACGAGCUCAGGAAACAUGACACUGAAAAACAACCUUGGUUCGUCGUCAAUGGCGAAGUGUACGACGGCACGGCAUUCCUGGACGAGCACCCAGGUGGAGCACAGAGCAUCAUUUCGGCCGCAGGCCUCGACGCCACUGAAGAGUUCAUGGCAAUACACAGCGAAACGGCCAAAGCGAUGAUGCCGAAAUAUCAUAUUGGGUCAUUGGACGAAGCCGCCAGAACCGCUCUCACCGAGGGCGAGACAGAGCCUGAUCAAUCAGGGACUUGCUCGGAGACGUUUCUCAACCCCAAGGCAUGGAAAAAAGCCAUUCUCUAUGCGAAGAAGAUCGUUUCCUGGGACACACGCAUUUUCACAUACAGGCUGGAGCAUCCACAACAGCGGCUUGGACUACCUGUCGGACAACAUCUGAUGGUCCGACUUCGCGACCCUGCCACCCGGGAAACCAUCAUCCGCAGCUACACGCCUAUCUCGGAAAUCAACGAUCAGGGCUACAUGGAGAUGCUGGUCAAGGUCUACUUCGCCGACGACCGAGGCAAGGGGGGCAAGAUGUCCCAAGCGAUGGAUGCGCUUCCCAUUGGCCACUUCAUCGAGAUGAAAGGGCCCAUUGGAAAAUUCGAGUAUCUUGGGAACGGUGACUGCCUGAUCCAAGGCAAGCAAAAACACGUCAAAUCGUUUCUGAUGAUCUGCGGUGGGAGCGGAAUCACGCCCAUCUACCAGGUCUUCCGGGCGGUUCUUCGAAACCCUGACGACGACACACAUUGUAUGAUUUUUGAUGGGAACCGAUUGUUUGAAGAUAUCCUUUGCAAGGAAGAGCUUGACGCACUUUCAAGUGGGAAUGAAGAAAGGUGCCGCAUUUUGCACACCCUUACACAACCGACCGAUGAGUGGACCGGCCUUCGAGGACGGGUUACAGGUCAGCUGGUUCAGGACAAUUGUGCACGCACGGAUGAUGCGUUGGUCUUGAUUUGCGGUCCUGAAGCGAUGGAAAAGGCCAUGCAUAAAGCUCUGAAAGAGCAAGGAUGGAGCGAUGACCAACUGAUGUUCUUUUGA